GCGCCCGCCGAACAACUUGUUGCGGUGACAGCCGCUACCAGAGGAGAGGCAUCAGUGCCAACCAAAGUGAAGGCGCUUGCUGACCAAGCUGUUAAUCAGGCAGCCCCUGUAAAAGGAAGAGAAUCAGCUCCGCCCAAAGCAAAGGCACCUGCUGAGCGGACUGGGGCGUUCAAAGCCUUUAGCGAAGGAGAAGAACGAGCGUCAGCCAAAGCAAAGGCAUAUGCUGCGCAUGCGAGGGCUCCAGCGCCUGGCAAAGGAGAAGCGUCGGCAGCUGCACCCAAGGUGCAUCCUGCGCCGGCUCCAGUAGCAUCCCACACCCAAGGUGAUGCACUGGCGGCGGCCGCCACAAAG